ACCCGAUCCAGGAAGACGUGAUAGGAAAAGAGUGGAGAGAGAGAGAGAAGGAGAGAGAGAGGGGCGAAAAGAGAAAUGUGCUGAAGGGAAGGCAGUGCAUGCCUUCCUGCGGACGAUAAACGUCAUUACUGGGCAGCAUAGGGACGGACUGUGCCGAGAACAUGUCGGUAAAACAAAUGUAUUAAGUCAGUCUUGUCUAUUAAACCAGGAUCAAGGGUUUAGGUGUCGUCGCUCGUUUCUUUUCUUUUCUUUUUUUUUUACAUUUUCUCCAUUUUUAUUUCUUGCCCGAUAGUGCAUUAGUGAAAUAUACAGGGACGGCAAUGUUCUGCUGUUCGCCGUUCCGCGGGAUCUAGUGCAUAAAGCCGUGUGUUUUUUGCACGGUAACCAAACAUAAACGGCAAAGUUUGCUGCCGGGUACAUUAAACAUAAUGUAAUGUGAUUUGCAGGGAAACCUUGUACAAUUUUUGUGUACUUUGGCUCUGGGGCGGUUCAGUUUUUUUUGCGCUUAAUCGUCAGAUGCUUUCAUUGCAUCUCUUUUUGCAUGACUUUUUUUUAGGAUUAAAAUCAAAGCGAAAGAGUAAAGCUGGUGAAUUUUUCUCCUAAUAAGUUUGGGGGUAGUGGGGGUCCCUUUUUGGAGGAGGGUUUUCACACCGGCACGGGCACCGUUUCCUUGCCGGCUAGUCGACGUCUUAAACCCCGCAAAUAAGACACACGAACCACUAGAAAUGCGUGGAAAUUAAUAAGCAUAUAUAUGAAGACGUGUGAAAUCUUAUCCGGGCAUUGUCAUUGUUGAGCCACCGUUUCUGUUUUUUAUAUAUAUUUUUUUCUACUGAAUGUGUAUUUUUUUUUUCCUGGUCCGAUGGGUGUGAACCGGUUGGUGUGAGACAUACGCAGUGUGUAUGAGAUGAGCGCCGCAUGGCGAUCGCCGCUUCGUCCGUCUCUCACUUGCGUUACUUUUGGUUGCGAUGGUUUUGAUUUAGGUUUCAAAUCAUCUAACCUGAUCGAAGACGCCCCUGAAAACACGCCGGCCCCCAUUUAAGUGGGAUCUUCUUAUCCAUCCUGUAUUUGCGUCUUGUUUUUCCCCGACUUGCGUAGAUAGGUGCUGCUAUCAAUUUGUAACAUUGCUUUAAUUUAAUUGUAAAUAUUACGGAUUUUCGGGCCUGUUGUGCUGCCGGAGUCGGUCCGUUUCAGUAUAAUCUCUUUUUUACGUGGCUGGGUUGGGAAUAAACUUUGGGCAAGAAAAAUGUCCGAAAACCCUCCUACGAGAAGCCUGGAUGAGAUCGACCUGUCGGCGCUGAGGGAUCCUGCAGGGAUCUUCGAGCUGGUGGAAGUUGUGGGUAACGGCACGUAUGGACAGGUGUACAAGGGACGUCACGUGAAAACCGGCCAGCUGGCCGCCAUCAAGGUGAUGGACGUGACUGAAGAGGAGGAGGAGGAGAUCAAGGCGGAGAUCAACAUGCUGAAGAAGUACAGUCACCACCGCAACAUCGCCACCUACUACGGGGCCUUCGUCAAGAAGAGUCCCCCAGGCCAUGAUGACCAGCUCUGGGUUUCUGGUGAUGAGUUCUGCGGGGCCGGCUCAGUCACGGACCUGGUGAAGAACACCAAGGGGAACUCUCUGAAGGAGGACUGGAUCGCCUACAUCUGCAGGGAGAUCCUCAGGGGGCUGUCCCACCUCCACGCCCACAAGGUCAUCCACAGGGACAUUAAGGGCCAGAAUGUGCUGCUGACGGAGAACGCGGAGGUUAAGUUAGUGGACUUUGGGGUGAGCGCUCAGCUGGACAGGACUGUGGGCCGCAGGAACACCUUCAUCGGCACCCCCUACUGGAUGGCCCCGGAAGUCAUCGCCUGUGAUGAGAACCCUGACUCCACCUAUGACUUCAGGAGCGACAUCUGGUCUUUGGGGAUCACAGCCCUGGAGAUGGCAGAGGGAGCUCCACCGCUCUGUGACAUGCACCCAAUGAGGGCCCUCUUCCUCAUCCCCCGGAAUCCGCCUCCCAAACUCAAGUCCAAAAAAUGGUCAAAGAAGUUUAUCGACUUCAUGGAGGGCUGCUUAGUGAAGUCAUACCCCAACCGGCCGUCCACUGAGCAGCUGCUGAAGCACUCCUUCAUCCGCGACCAGCCCACCGAGCGGCAGGUGCGCAUCCAGCUGAAGGACCACAUCGACCGGACCCGCAAGAAGCGGGGCGAAAGGGAGGAGACAGAGUAUGAAUACAGCGGCAGUGAGGAUGAGGAGGAAAACCAUGGAGAUGAGAGGGAGUCCAGCUCCAUCCUGAACGUCCCCGGCGAGUCGACCCUGAGGCGGGACUUCCUGCGGCUGCAGCAGGAGAACAAGGAGCGCUCGGAGGCGCUGAAGCGGCAGCAGGCCCAGCUGGCCGCCCAGCGCCGCGACCCGGAGGAGCACAAGCGGCAGCUGCUGCACGACCGGCAGAAACGCAUCGAGGAGCAGAAGGAGCAGCGCCGCCGCCUGGAGGAGCAACAGAGAAAGGAGCGUGACAUGGUCAGGCAGCAGGAGAAGGGCGCCCCCCGCAGGCUGGAGGACCUGAGGCGGGAUGAGGACAGGAGGAUGGCUGAGAGGGAGCAGGAGUUCAUCAGGCAUAAGCUGGAGGAGGAGCAGAGGCAGCUGGAAGUGCUGCAGCAGCAGCUUCUACAGGAACAGGCUCUGCUCAUGGAGUACAAACGCAAGCAGCUGGAGGAGCAGCGGCAGUCGGAGCGGCUGCAGAGGCAGCUGAAGCAGGAGCACGCGUACCUGGUGUCGCUGCAGCAACAGCAGCAGCAGGACAGAAAGGUCCAGCUCUACCAUUAUAGCAAGAACCUGGAGCCCAACAACAAGCCCGCUUGGGCCCGAGAGGUGGAGGAGCGCAGUAAGAUGAACAGGCAGGGCUCCCCCAAGAUCUGCAGCACCGUGUCUGACACAGCCAUCCAGUCACGGUCUGACUCCAUCAGCCAGCCAGGGGUGGCGGCCAGACCCCCCCCCAUGCAGAGGCCUGUGGAGCUGCAGGGCCAGGGGAAGGCUCAGAUGGCCCACCUUGUUCCCCUGAAGCCCUACGGGGCCCCUGUCCCACGCUCCCAGUCCCUGUGUGACCAGCCCACUAAGAACAUGUCUGCCUUCCCCACCCAGGACCCCACCCCCUCCCCCAGCCCCCGCUCUGCCCCCCCAAGGGAGCUCGUGCGGCAGAACUCUGACCCCACGUCUGAGAGCCCCGCCCCCUACCCCCGGGCCGUGAGAGAUGACCGGGGGCCCUGGAUCUGCAUGCAGGAGCUGGAGCAGCCUCCCCAGGUGCCCCAGAGGACCACCUCCAUUGCUGCGGCUCUGAAUGCCAAUCUGCUGUCUGGCAUGAGGCACCCAGUAAGGGCCAGUAACCCGGACCUGAGCCGCAAUGACCGCUGGGAAAGGGGUGAUAGUAUGAGUGUCAUGUCCAACCUACCUCAGACUGGCUCUCUGGAGAGACACCGUAUCCCGGCCUCUGCAAAAAUGGACUCGUCCCCCAUCCUGCCGCAAGAUGGGCACCACAAGCCCGGCGAAUCCCGGACCUCAUCUCGACCCGGUCGACCCGCGAGUUACAAGAGAGCUAUAGGAGAGGAUCGCACCCCAUACGCCAAGGAACGUCCGGAGGAGGCUCCCCGGCCCCCAGCCAAGGCCAUGGACUACUCCUCCUCCUCAGACAGCAGCGAGAGCAGCGAGGAAAGCGAGAGUGGGGAGGCGCCAGAGGAGGAGAAGGAGAGCCCCUCGGACCGCAUUCGGGACCCCGACUCUGACUCUGUGAACACCAUGGUGGUUCACGACGUCGAUGGAGAAGAGGAGGGGCAGGCUGGGGGCUAUGGGGACCAGACCAUGCCAGCCCAGAGAACCCCAGAGAAGCGGAACCACAACGGCUAUACCAACCUGCCGGACGUGGUGCAGCCAUCGCAGUCCCCGACUGAGCCACAGCCCCCGGGGAGGGAAACCGCUUUCGAUUAUCAGGCCCGCGGUUUGGUGAAGGCCUCCGCCAAGUCCUCUUUCACCACCUUUGUGGACCUGGGGAUGUACCAGCCACAGGAGGGCGCCGGCGAGCCCAUCUCCAUGUCGGGCUUCGGCACCAGGUUCGAGCAGCUGAAGCUGGAGACACGCAAGGGCUCCGUGGUGAACGUCAACCCAGCCAACACCCGCCCCCACAGCGACACCCCCGAGAUCCGCAAGUACAAGAAGAGGUUCAACUCCGAGAUCCUGUGUGCUGCCCUCUGGGGUGUCAACCUCCUGGUGGGCACAGAGAACGGCCUGAAGCUGCUAGACCGCAGUGGUCAGGGGAAGGUCUACCCCCUCAUCAAUUCCCGUCGCUUCCAGCAGAUGGAUGUUCUGGAGGGCCUCAACCUGCUCAUCACCAUCUCAGGUAAGAAGAACAAGGUCCGCGUGUACUAUCUCUCCUGGCUGAGGAACAAGAUCCUCCAUAAUGACCCGGAGGUGGAGAAGAAGCAGGGGUGGACCACAGUGGGCGAGAUGGAGGGAUGCGUGCACUACAAAGUGGUGAAAUAUGAGAGGAUUAAGUUCCUGGUCAUCGCCCUGAAGAACGCUGUGGAGGUGUACGCUUGGGCUCCCAAGCCCUACCACAAGUUCAUGGCCUUCAAGUCCUUCUCUGACCUGCCACACAAACCCCAGCUAGUUGACCUGACAGUGGAGGAAGGUCAAAGGUUGAAGGUCAUCUACGGCUCCAGUGCUGGCUUCCAUGCUAUCGACGUUGACUCUGGAACCAACUAUGACAUAUAUAUCCCUGUGCAUAUCCAAAGCCUGGUGAUGCCACAUGCCAUCGUCUUCCUGUCUGGCUCGGAUGGCAUGGAGAUGCUGCUGUGUUACGAGGACGAGGGAGUCUAUGUGAACACCUACGGGCGCAUCGUGAAGGAUGUGGUGCUGCAGUGGGGCGAGAUGCCCACCUCAGUGGCAUACAUCUGCUCCAAUCAGAUCAUGGGCUGGGGAGAGAAGGCCAUCGAGAUCCGCUCCGUGGACACGGGUCACCUGGACGGGGUCUUCAUGCAUAAGAGAGCCCAGAGGUUGAAGUUCCUGUGCGAGAGGAAUGACAAGGUUUUCUUCGCCUCCGUACGAGGGGGGGGCAGCAGCCAGGUAUACUUCAUGACACUGAACAGGAACUGCAUCAUGAACUGGUGACGCGGCCGCUGAGAAGCACCUGCACGUCCGUCCGUCUGUCCAUCCAGCCACCUACACAUCCGUCUGUCCUGCGCAGCUGCGGGGAGAGGCAUUGACACAGCAUUCUUCUCCUGCUCCCUGCUCCCAUCCUGAUCGCUGCUCGUUGUCCUGUCCUCACGGCCACGGGUGGUAAAGCCUCUGUCGCCUUGGCGACAAAGGGAGGCUCCCCGUUAACGACGACUUCUGUACCCUGAAAUUUGUGUCCCUCCUAAUUUAAUUCUUUAACUGGCAGCUCCAGCACUGAGAGUGACCGGCCUGUUUUCCCUGUGUUCAAUCCUUCUAGAUCCUUCUUCAUCCGCUAAUGGUCUGAAAUUUGAUAUCUGGAGCGUUUUUAAUAACCCCUCCAAAGAUUCCCUCCACUCUCGUCAACGAUAGUCACCGUGUGUCACAGUUUCUUGAAAAUGUCGGAACACGUCCGGUUUUCAUUGGCCGACGGGCUGGCUUCUUCUCAUACGGCCGUUUGGGGUGAAAUGUGCAGCAAGGGCGCCCCCUGCUGUUGCUCACUGUCAUAACUUUAAAUAUCACACCGGUUGCCACGAACACCAUCAUUACGUCACCGAGACCCUUUGCUUCUUUUGUAUGGCCAUGAACAUUUGCACACUAAAUAAGCAAAAACAAUCAUUAUUGUUAGACUGCACUGCAGCUGAAGGAAUGAAGCCCUUGGACACGUGUUGCUGACAGUGUCUGUGUGUAUUUUUACCUUCGCGACUGUCUGUCUCAUGGGGCUUGAGCAUUCAGACGCCGCAGAAAACUCCCACCAUUCUUUCUUUGGUGGACGAGUGAAAUCUCUGUUCUGUCCACAAGUUCUGAGGUGUCGUUCUCACAUUGUGGGGAAUAUCAUGGGAACGUUGUGGGAAUGUUGUUUGAAUUUGGCAGAUCCUAGGGGAUGAGCUCACUCUAACAGCCCGGAAUACACUUUGGUCUGUAUAUAUGUAAACUAAAUUCUUUAUAGACUGUACUGAAGUUUAGUCAUCUGUCCAAAAAUAACUGACGUGACGGUAUAGUGGUAGGUCGUCUUCAUGCAGAUUUCUGCCCCUCAUCUGAAGUGUUGAGCCCCCGUCCUUCCAUCCGAUGUCUUGGUUAAAGUCCCUCACAUCAGCUUUGAAGGAAUGAGGCCACGUCAUUUUCUCAGGUUAGAAUUUAUCACAGAAAGGAUGUCGACCACAGCCCGUGGCCUUGUCAGAGACCAAUAUUUAGGGUUAGGGAAGAUUUGUGGAUUCAUAGUAUAGCAAUUGAAUGAGGUGUCCCUGCAUUUUAGUGUUUGAACAGCACAAUGUAGAUGGGGUGGGGGGGCGAGGGGGCUGGGGUGACAUUUGAAUGUCUAGGUGAAAUACUUGUCCAAACCCGAUAACGGUAACGUUUCAGUUUGCGUCCAUGGAGACGUCUGUGGCGACCGCUUUGUGUCGAGGCAAAUACCGCCCAUUCCCUGACGUCAUUCACACCGAUCUUGUUGGUCUGCAGCCUGCAUCACCAAUUAGAUAGAUAUUGAUUUGUACACUUUGGGACGAAAGCUUGAUAAAUGUUAAUCUGAAUAGUGGCCUGGGUGAGUACAUUGGUGCCUUGUAGAAAUUAUUGUUUGUUUUUAAGCAGUAUAACCUGUUUAAAAUACAUGUAGAUGCUUGUCUGUCUUCAUGCGUUUUGCACUUGUCCAAUGAGAAUAAAUCGGAUCUAGCGGUGGUACGCUUUGGGGGCCCAGGUACUGCACCGGGCUGAAACGUGCGAAACCGAACAAAGUGCCUUGAAGGAGACUGGGGGGCGGAGGGUGGUACUUCUGAUAUUAAAAUUGACCUCCCCCCCCCCAGAUAGGAGAGUAGCCGGAAGUCGUACCCCAGCAGCGGGUGAAUUGACUGGUAGGGUGGGGAAUUCUAAACUUCCCUAUGGGCUCAGAUCUGACCAGUUCUGGAACUAAAAGCCACAGUUUUAAAUAAGACCAUCAGUACAUCAACAUGCUUGUUUUAUUGCUAGUUCAUGUUGAUUUUGAUUUAAUACAAUGUGUGUGGACAGAUUUUUUUUUUUUCGGUAGUGGGUGCUAUUGCAUUUUUCAGCAUUGAGGUGUCAUUUGGCUUUAUCAUUUAAACCAUUUUUAAAAAAGUACUACAUUUUUUGCACUUUGUAUGUGGACCCAAUGAAGAGUGAAAUGUAUAUUAAGAAAUAAGGUACCUUACAAAGGAUGCAGGAAAGAAGUGAUUAGGAAGAGUGUGCCAACAUUUGAUAUAUUUUUACUAUUGAAACAUUCUAUUAAUCUAUUAUACAUAAUAUAUAUUGAAUUAUUUUAUGGAGAAUAUUGAUCGUAGGUAUGUGUAAAUUAUAUCAGAGGGGGAGUGUGUUUUGUUUGGCUUUAGUGGACGAAGUUUCUGUUCAGGGCGAAAUGGAAAUUUGCAGUAGUGAGGGUGUCCAUUCGGACUGCAAAACGACCCACAGAAAAAAGUAUGGCUUUGGUUCGUUAUGCUUCUGUGCUGGGGGCCGGGGGGUCAUAGGGAGUUUGGAAGGGGCGGGUGGGGGGGUAUCAAACCACAGUUGCUUUCCGGGGAUGAUGGUAUGAUGCUGUACCGCAGCAGAGAGAAUCUGUGUGUGACAUUUGCACUGAAUCGGAUGAUGGUUACGGGUUCCUUCCCCCAGGCCUGACCACACCCCCCCACACAUACCGUCACCAUGCAAGUGCUGAACUGAAAUGUUGCCCUUGCAACACAGCACAAAAUCGCAACACUGGUCCAAAACACAACCCACAUCUACUGUUUACACAUGUAGUUUAGGGUCCCACAAACGGUCAGUGUGCACAUUUUAUCUUAAUGUCAUUUCUCUGUUGCUCAGCUGUGAGAUAGGCUGGUGUUAGAUGUGUACAUUUCCCCAUUGCUGUUGGUUUAUUACACGUUAAACGGAUGCGUUUAGUUUACUGAUGACCAGGGUCCAGGUACCUUAUCUCAGCUGACGCUAAUUCCAUAUUUUGAUUUUUUAGUAAUAUAUACAGAUGUUAAUUGUACAAUUUUGUUUAGUUUUCCAUAAAUAUAUAAGUCUGACAGAAUUUAGACUGUGCUGUUUAUAAAAGUUGAUGUUAAUGUUCUCUAACAAAACUGCUGUUUAAAACACGUCUGACAAACUGUGUUAAUUCAAUUGCUAAGCUUGAUCUAAAUACAAUCUGUGAAUGGAUUUGUUUAUUUCUACUUUUUAUUGAUCUGUUGUGAAUGCUUGACGGUGAUGUUUUAUUUUGUGACAGGUGGAAAAACCUUUCAGAUAAGUUUUAUUUUAUUUUCGUUUUGUUUUUUUAAACAGCAGUCUCCAAACGACUGUGAGUUUCCAGGUCUCAAGACUGUGCUGAAAAAGAUUUGAGUUUAAAUUUCUUUAUGCAAAAACUAAUGUAAAACGAAAUAAAAACACUGGUAUCCGUUGACCGUGGUAGUGAUCGUCAUGAUUAACGCGAGCCAGUUUUUGUAGUAGUACAGAAGCAAUCUGUGACAUUAGGAUAUAUUAAUAUUUCACCUGUUGUAACUGAAUUGUAAAAAUGUGUUAAAUAUCUUUAAAAGGUGAUAUUAAAAUAAAUGUUAUACAUACACUCAAUAGUUUUCACAGCAAUUUAAAUGUAUUGUUUUCACUGAUGGUUUGUUGUAUUCUCACCCCAGACUAUGAAGACUUUGUAUAUUACAGCUGUUUACAAAAUUCAGUUUCCAUGUUAUUUACUUACCAUUGACCGCAAAUUACUGAGGAUGACAGUUGAGUCUCUGCAAUAAAAACAGCUCUUACACUGUAAA